CGUCGACUGGUCGCGAGACAUCCCUGAAACAGGUCUCCAGUUUUGAAUCCUGUACGGUUCGUCGUUGCGUCGAAGAAGAAACAGGAUACCGCGAUGGAGUUUCGAACGUUUAUCAUGAUAUUAUUGUGCGCGCCGUCUUUCGCCGACGAAUUUCACGAAACGAAGCCCACGAAGCUGAUCGAAGACGAAUCGAACACAGAAUCGAACGAGCCACCGGAAGGAUAUUACGCUUUCGUAAAGUCGCCCAAUGCCGAACCACCAAAAGUGAGGCCACCGCCUUAUAUAGACAGCGACAAAGAGUGUUAUGAUACGGGCAAGCAGGGAAAAGGCUUCGUCUCUGUACACAACAUUUGCGGGGAUCUGAACAAGGGCUACAUCCCACGAAAUCCGAUGAAUCAAUACUUCAAUGGAUCUUCGUAUCCUUUUGCUUUGUUGAAAAAUCACACCCUCAAGUUCUUGAGCAAAGCCUUGCCCAUACUCAAAACUGACGAUUCCCUGCCGAAGGUCGCCACGGUUCAAUCAUAUUCGCAAAAUUUCGUCGAGACUGACGAAAAACGUAGCAGAAACAAACGAUCCUCCGAGGAGGUUAGCCUGGACACUCUGCGUAACGGACGGAAAUUCUGCGAAAAUGGCGAAGGAGUGGUCUGCAUGUUGUAUAAAGCCAUACAAGGCGAGCCGCUGGCUACGUCGCCGGUCGAACGACGAGACGAGCCGCCCACCCCCGAAUACCGUCAACGAACACCGGCGCAAGAAAAACCAGAGUACACCGGCCCACCGACUCCUUGUCCAGCCAAAGUGGAGUACGCGACGCCCGUGUUCGCCAAGAACUAUCAAGGAGUCUGGCGCUACGUGGUCCAGAUCCCUUACGAGGGUUACUUCACACAGACCAUCGAAGUCACCAGAUGCAUGCAAUCGAGGUGUCAUUAUCUGGACGGUGGUUGUUUGUCGUCGCCGCGGUGGACCAGUCUGCUCGUGGCGGAAAUCUUCUAUCCGGACACGGUCCUGGAAGAGAACCAGAAUUCACGGUUCACCGGGCUCAGAGACACCGCUGGAUCGCCGCCGCCCGUUCACGAUUUUCAAAACUACCAACAGUACUUGCAGAAACGCGCAGGCGAGAACGAGGCUCGUAACAACGCGGGGUCGCAGCAACAUCAUUGCGACGGAGUCGAUGAGAUGGGCUGCUUCCAGGUAAGAUUGUACUACGAUUGGUUCUUGGUGCCGGGCAGCUGCAAAUGUUGGCGUCCCGACUACUUCAAUCGGUAUGUUCGUCGAAGUGGGUCUAACGUUGAGUUGUGAUCGUAGCGACGGAAAGGUCAGACCACGGAAACCGUGUCGAGGAUGAAAGAAAAAGAGACCGACCGGUUUCGAGUAAAUUUCGUUCCGGUAUCCGAGUGAAACGCGGGAUACCAAUAACGUCCAAUAAUCAAUAACGAUAAAUCUUUUUCAA